AUGGACACAGAAGUGAGACCUCAAUUCAAUGCUACAUUUGUUCGUCCUGCAAAGUUCUAUCUUAUAGGAUUUAUUAACAUGUCUUAUAUUAAGUAUUAUUUCAUCUUCUUGUGUUUUGUUUACAUCAUGACAGCUUUUGGAAAUAUGUUCCUCCUCUUAAUGAUCUACUUUGUAAAGACUCUUCACACUGCUAAAUAUAUGAUUGUGUUCAACUUGGCUUUGACGGAUUUGUGUGGGAGCACCGCUCUGAUCCCAAAACUCUUGGACACUUUUUUGUUUAACAGGAGAUACAUCAUCUAUGAGGCUUGCUUAAGUUACAUGUUCUUUGUUUUAUUCUUUGCAUCUGUGCAGUCAUGGACACUUGUCACUAUGGCAUUUGACAGAUUUAUAGCAAUUUGCUUCCCUUUAAGGUAUCACAGUAUCGUGACUAAGAAGUCUGUUCUUGCAAUGUUGCUGUUUUCAUGGUCUUUUUUACUGAGUCUAUUAGCACUUACAGUUGGCCUUAUUGAUCGCCUCUCUUUCUGUGGAUCAUUGGUUGUACACAGUUUUUACUGCGAUCAUGGACCAAUUUUCAAAAUGGCUUGCAAUGACACAUCUUUAAAUGUCAUAAUGGCAUACGCAGGUUUACUUUUAGUCCUGUGCAUUCCUGUGAUACUGAUAGCUUUAACUUAUGUUUGUAUUUCCAUAGCUCUGAGCAGGAUUGCAUCAAGAGAAGAGCAACUCAGAGCACUGAAAACCUGUACUUCUCACCUGAUACUUGUGGGUAUUUUCUUCCUACCACUGGUGGUAACAAAUAUAAUUGUAGUAGUGUCUAAUCUCCAUCCUAACACAAGAAUGAUAAACUCAUCUCUGACACACAUUGUACCAGCUUUGCUCAAUCCUAUUGUGUACUCUUUGAAGACUGAAGAAGUGUUGAAUGCUAUUAAGAAUCUGUUCAGAAGACAAAGGCUGAACAACAUAGCUGUAAAUUGGUGA